AUGCGUGCCUCUACCGCUCUCGCCGUCCUGUCGGCUGUUGUGGCCUCGGCCCAAUCUGCCCAAAACUUCACGAGCGAGCUGGACAUGACGAUUGAUACCAACAAGGUCAAGAUGGAGACACGAGCUAUCUGGUGCCGCGCCCAGACCAACACUUGUGGUCUCCUUUGCGACAACAACACCGACAAGAACAGCUGCGCUCAGGAUACCCUCAAGUUUGAGUGCACGUGCGCCUCCAACAAGUCGAUGCCCGGCCUGCAGUUCUACACGCAGACCGUGCCCACCUUCAUCUGCGAAGAACGCUUCAAGGAGUGCACCAACGAGAAUGCCAACAAGGCUGAUGAGCAGGAGGGCUGCAAAAAGAACAUCCAGGCGCUGUGCGGCAAGAGCGACCCUCCCAAGCGGACCAGCGGCCCCGUUUCCUCGUCCACCUCUGGCGGCCUUGCUGCCCCUACCAUGGCCCCGGCUGGCAACGGAGCGGCGGUGGCGGCCGCCCUUGGCUUCCUGGCCUACCUUCUCUAG